AUGCCAUCGGAUAGAGGUCGGUCUACUGGGCGUUUACGUCGACGGCCUGGGGCAGUUGUGUCAGCUGCCCGCGCUGCAGCACCGAUGGAGCGAGGUUUGCUCCCCAGCGGCGCCCAAUGUGCCAGAGGUCCUUCCCUGGCCAUUGCUCCGUACCUCGGCAUGGCGAACGGGACGGGAGACGGUGAGAUUGUGCGCUUCGUGCUCCUCCGGCCUAUGGAGGACGACGCGGCAGCUUUGGCGCCUUCAGCGAGCUCCUCCCUGCGGCCCUCGGAGGCCGUGCUCACUGCCGAGUCCAAUGCGACCAGGCUUUUGCAGAUGCCCAGCACCUGGCGCCAUCGUUUGGAAAGUCAGGGCGCCUCUCAGCUUGCUGUGCCCUGGUUAGCCUGUGUGGAUGAAACCAAUGGCGCGUACUGGCGUCAAUGGGAGAAGCUCAUCGAGGUCUUCGAGAACACCUUGCGCGUGCGCAGCGCAGAGGCCCUUGCCUCUGGUGCUUCAGGUUUCGACUCCGCCUUCCUGCAAGAAGUGAUGCAGCUCCACUCGGUGCUGCAUGAGAACUUGCAGAACAAGUUCACGAACUUCCAGGCAGACGUCAUGCAGCAGGUCGGCCACUUGCGGUCCUCGCAGAGCGAGUCAGCCUUUAGCACCAUGCUGCAGGAAAAGAUGAAGGACCCCAGUUGGCGCUCACAGCUGGGAAUCCCCUCCGAAGCCUCCUUGCGCUCGGCCACAGGCGAACGGGGGGCUGAUCCUGGCGACGAGGAGCUCGCUUCCCACCUUUCGGACUACGACUUCGACUAUGACUUCGAGGCCUUCGACGGUGGUGAUGGCGGCGAUUCGCCAUGGUCGGAUCCCUGGUCGGAGCCUCAAGCACCAAGAACACCGAUCCAGGACACGAAGGAUGAUGAUGAGCCCACACCAUGGCGCUGUUUGCGUUGUGAUGGCCAGCGGUUCUCUCCCUCGGAGGGCCACAGCGGUUGGAUUUGUUUGACGUGCUCCCACGACGAGUUCUACCGGGUCGACAGGCCUACCAAGAAGGUGAACCCCUCUGGAGGACCAAGCAUGGAGGCCCACCGGAUGGAGAUGAAGGAGAUCUAUAUGAAGAACAAGCCGAAUCAGAAAGACUCACCAAUGACCCAGUGGUCGAACCUGAGCCACAGGGUGCAGGACGCCAGCUUGGUGGUCAUGGACGAGGCCCACGACGAGCUCUUCCAGGAACACCUGUUCGAGGUUCCGGAGUAUCUCAAGGCCCUCCACCUGAUCUACCUGAUCCACCGGGCGCGGCGGACCCUCCUGGCGCAGCUGGAUCGCCACAUCGGUCGACGGCCCCUCGAGCCCCUCGAUUACCCGAUUCAGGACGCCUUGAACGUUCUGGACUACCUGAUCAGACUCCUGACCGGCCUGAAAUGGAAGUCGGGACAACCUCCUCCUGUCCCGACAUGGAAGUACGACCAGUCUGACAUGAGGGCAUUUGCAAAGUUCACCAAGAAGAUCAGCAUCUGGCUUUUGCAGCGGCCAUUUGAGCAACGCAUCAUCUACCAAAAACGUCGCUUCCUGCACGAGUUCGAAUCCUUCCGCCGCUUCAACCAGGAAAGCAUGCGGGCCUAUGUGCAGCGCUUCAGACGCGUUCAGAGGCUUUUGGACCGCAGCGGAUUGAGUCAUCAUGAUCAACGGAUGAUCUUGGUGGGCACGCAACAAAGCCUUAGCUUUGAGGCCAUUGCAGAAUGCCUCGUUCUCCAAUGGCCAGAGUUCAGACCGGCUCCAGCGGUCAUGUCUGGAUCCGGAAAAGGCAAAGGGAAGAGUUUGACCUCGAGCUCUUCUACCUCCUCCUCGACUACCACAUCGAGCUUCACGAAAGGUGGCAGCAAAGGACCACCAAGACGGCAGACCUACUUGACUGAGGUCCCCGAGAUGGAGGUCGCUGAAGAUGAAGAGUUCGCCGAUGCUCAGGAAGACCCCGAGUGUGACGCUGAUGGCGAUGCAGAGCCAUCGAACGGCGAUGACGCCGAAGGAGAUCCUCAAGAGGACGAACCUGACCUCUCCGAGCUCGCUGAGGUCCUCACAGUGACAGCCCGAAAACUCAGCGGCAUCACUUUGGGUCGAAAGUUUUCCAAUUCAGCUGGUGGCAAAACCAAGAAGUUGCCCGAAGAGCUUCGAAAAACGACUCACUGCUCGGCAUGUGGCGCCUCGGGCCACUGGUAUCAGGACUAUGUCCACUCAAUCCAGGAGCUGGUGGAGGAAAAGCUGGAGGAAAGUCCGGCAAAGGACCAAAGGGAUCCUCGACCUCCUAUCGUUCAGCAGGAGAUUGAUUCGUAUGACCUCUUCCAAUUUGGCAAAGGAGAUCCCACCAAGUCCACUACAAGGGCCUACAUCCCCAGCUAUUUGAACAAUGUCCCCUUGGUCAUCGGUGCCGGUGUUUUGCCCGAGCGUGUUCCCUUGUUGGGUAGCAACUCCCUCCUGGACAAGUUGGGGUCAGUGAUCGAUUUGCCGAAUCGUGCAGUUCAUUUCACGGCAUUGCAUUGUUCAGUUGAACUUCAUGUCAAGUGUGGUCAUUUUGCAGUUUUCAUUUUGGACACCAACCAUGAACAUCCUGGCCAUGAACUUGUUUGGAAACAGCUUUCGUCACCAUCAUGUUGGGAAAGGCCACAUCCAGAACUUGUUCUUCCACCGCCGAAGCCCAUGACAGACGAGGCGAAAGCCCAUGAGGUCUUGAAUUCGAGGCCCCCGCUUCCUCAUGCGGACAGCACCUCCGCCAUGGCUGGCGAGAUGGAGGCGGAUCGUGUCGGCUCUCGACGCUUUCCGGAGGAACAUCUGGAUCUACAUGAUGGGGGGCGUGCGGCUGGGCAUGAUGCCGAGAGAUUGGCUCCAAUCGGCAGUUCCGCCGAUUUUGAGUCCUUGCCACGACCCGGACUCUUGCGAGCACAAGGACAUCAAGAGGUACGGCAACGCCCAUGGCCGCUUCGCGAGAUGCAAUCAGUGCCUGAGAAAAUGGAGAUGGAACACCAAGAAGGGGGAUUGGGACAUUUGGUAUUCCCGCGGCGAUGGCUCUCCAAGUUCCUCUUCAGCACCAUUGCCAUUGCCUCAGCCGUCAUCGAAGGCCACACCUCCUUCGGGAGCCUCUCCAAAGAAGAUCAAGCCCAAGUUCAAGGCAGCGCCAGCGGCUCUACAACGUCAAGCUCGCAUCAGGGACUACGAGCGGACGGACCCUACUUCGACGGGCGCUACGAGCUGUUCCAGAUCUUGGAGCAGGAGUCCCCUCUGCAAGCAGAACCUACGACGGUGGCAGAGCACAUCUUCCUCAACGAGGAGACCUACCAGCCGCAGCGGGAGAAGCUGGAGAUGUUGGCGGAUCGCAAACGCCACGAGCUGAAAGGUGAGUGGAAGAAGGCCGCUCAGGUCCUCGAGAUGGAGUACAAGGUCAACAACAGCGGCGCCAGCGUGAGAGAUCGACCUCCACCACAUGUGGACCUAUGGGAGCUGUUCGCCGGAUCUUGCAACUUGAGCCGCCUGGCUCCACACUAUGACCUGAACACCUUGCAGCCCCUGGAUAUCCUCUUCGGCCAGGACUUCAAGAAUGGCUCCAUGAGGAAGAAGAUCAAAGCACAGGUCGAUCAGUUCAAACCCUGGCUCAUCGUUAUGGGAGUCGAUUGCAGGUUUUGGAACUUGUUCAACAUCAACCUGAACUGGUCGCACCGUCAAGAACUACUUGAGAGCCUGCAAGAUGAAGAGCGCAUCUUGGUCCAGUUCGCAGUGGACAUCGCGCUCAUGCAGUACAAGGCCGGGCGAUACUUCCUGCUGGAGAACCCCCUGAGGUCGAGACUUUGGGAGGAAGACAAUGUCCGCCAGCUGAGAGAUCUGGAAGGCAUUUGGUCCACAGUGCUUGAUGCAGGAGCCUAUGGCGCGGAGAUUAACAACGAGCCGAUCGCAAAGCCAAUGAGAUGGAUGGGCAACCUCCCAGGCUUUGACCAGACCCUCAACCUGCGGCUCACUCCAACACAGCGGCUCUACUGCAAGCCUAUCCAAGGCUCGAUGACUCGAAGAUCCCAGCAGUACCCGGACGAGCUUUGUCAUUGCAUUUUGCAAGAGCUCAAAUCUCUGGUGUUUCAACGUGAGCCUCAUCGUUUUGGAGCACCACUGCAUCAGGUCUAUGCCAUGGCCUAUCCCACAGAAGACCUCGGACUGUGGGACCACAUCGUGGACUACAUCACCAAUGUUUAUGAGAGGGGAGCAAAACGGCCCUUCAACAUUGGCUUGGACACCGAGAUGGGCAAGACCAUCCAACAGCUCUUCCGCAUCAAGGCAGUUCGCCUUCAGGCAUGCUAUGCCCCGACGGCAAGAAGAAUUUCACCCAACGUGGACGAGUACUACACCCGAGCAGCUCUCUUACAGUACGCUGAUGGUACUCGUGCCGUCGAGAUCGAAGAUUUGGGCGAGAUCGAAUUCCCCAAGAUGAAGUUCUCCAAGGCGGUCAGAGUGGCAGUGUUUGGAUAUGGACACCGCCUCGAGACGCCUGACCCCAAGCAGAACGAGCUCAAGGAAGACAGACCCGUCAUUCCGGGCAUGUCAGCUGACAUCAGCUUCCCAAAUGUCAGCGAUGUGGAGCAGCACAUUCGACGUUCUGUAGCACGACUACAUCUCAACUUGGGACAUCCCACGGCUCCAGAACUACUACGACUCCUGGCACAUCAAGGCAAAGUACCAGGCCAAUUUGCUGAUGAAGUGCAAGCCGACAUCUUCUAUGCACGGCUGCUGGACGGAACAUCUUUUGCCGUCCUCGGAAUCGUCGACAAGGCGACAGGCUUCCAUCAGGCUGGAUACAUGCCUGACCGGAACGCCACCACGGCGUUCCAAGUGCUCUCCGACAUCUGGCUUCGACCUUUUGGACUACCACUUCGCUUUGUGUGCGACCCAGAUCACACCUUCCGAGGUCAGUUUGAGCAACGCCUCAUGGCCAUGGGCGUGAUGGUUGAACACUGUCCACCGGAGGCACACUACAUCAUCGGCAUGGUCGAACGGCGCAACGCCAUCCUCCGACUCACUCUGGAGAAGGUCAUUGACCAGCUUGGAGUGGUUUCUUUGGACCAAGUCCCGACUGUGCUCACCCAAGCUUGCCAUAGCAUCAACUCACUGCCCUUCACUCGAGGCAGGUCCGGCUACCAGGCAGUCUUUGGCAGGACAUCACGACUACCUGACGACGUCCUCACUGACACCCAGGUCCUGAGCACCUCCACACAGCCCUUCCGGGACGUUGACAACCCUGGACUCCGGGCAGAACUGGUGAGAAGCGAGGCUAUGAAGGCCCUCAUCGACCUGAACGCCCAACAACAGUUCAGGCGAGCAUUGCUUCGAAAGACUCGCAAUGUCAAAGUACCAGAACUGCUUCCUGGACAACGCUGCGCAGUUUGGAGGUGGACAAAGAAGGGAGUGCGCAAGCGAGGAGCAUGGCUUACUGCCAGGUUCCUGUCCUGGGAUCCUCAAUACCCAGGAAGACAAGCGUGGGUUCGACUGGGAGCUUCAACUACCCUGGUCACUUCAAAGCAACUACGGGCAGCUCACGGGUUUGAAGAUUGGUGGCCCGAUGAGCAAGAUCUGAAGGCCCUCAAGGAUGCGAGCAAAGACUUUGGCCCUCAGAUGCUCGAGGAUGAGAGAGGAGAACCUCCACCCGAGUCUGCAUUGACCCAAGGAGCAGAACUCGAGGAAACCGUCGACUAUAGUGCAGAUCGAUAG